GAUGAUGGCGGUGCUGCUGCUCCUCUCCCUGCUUGUGGGGCCGACUGCCCUGGCCCUGCCGGGGGAGCCCCCCGAGUGCCUGCAGGGCCCUGAGUUUUGGUGCCGGGACAUGGCCACAGCAGCCCAGUGCGGCCAACUGCAGUUUUGCCUGGAGUACGACUGGAACGAGCUGCCCGAGGGCGCUGACGAACGGCACCCCCUGGUGAAGUGCUGGGCGUGCAAAAAAGUCAUCAGCAAGCUGAAGAAAAUGGUGUCCAACACGCACAACACAAGCAGCGUGGCAAUGGCCAUCAAGAAGAUCUGCUCCAAGUUCCGCUCCGGCUUCGCAGCCAAGUGCCACCGGGUGGUGGACCGGUACAUGCAGCCCAUCGAGGACGGGCUGGCCCAGGACCUGGAGCCCCGCGACAUCUGCGUCUCCAUUAACAUGUGCAAGAGCCAGGGCCACCCAGGGUGGAAGGUUCCUGGCCUGCCCCAGGCCCCAGCUGCAGAGAGCUCUGCGGAUGCCAUGGGACCAGAUGCCGCGUGAGCCAGGGCAGAGUGGAGCGGCUGCCCCCAGCUGUGACACCCGCCCGAAAACCAGCCUUUCAAUAAAGCUUCUGCCUGCAGCA